CGCGAAGGCGGCUGACCUUUACGGUGGGCGCUACAGAGCUACGUCAGUGCUACGCGCUACAGCUACGUAAUGUGGUGUUUUCUACUUUUGACUCUGUUUGCCACAGUCCAAGGACGCGCGGUGAACAUCAGUAACACAUGGGUGCUUCCAGAGGAGGGCUUCCCCGUGUUUUACCGCUACUUCAGGGACCGCAUCUCUUGGUACGAGGCUGAUGCGGUGUGUCAGUUCCACCAUGCGAAUCUCGUUACAGUUGAUACGACGGCACAAUACGACGCGGUACGGGCCUACCUCAAGGAACUGGACAUCUCAAGCGCGGUGUGGAUCGGUCUGAUUCGCAGCAAUCCUGAUGGCGACUUUACAUGGACUGAUUAUCGAGGUUUAAGCAGCGAUGGUUACUGGAGUGCUGCUCCGGACGCCCGCUCAGCGCCCUUGUGUGCCGCCGCUGACCCCGCUGGAGACUACCGCUGGGAGGCUCGUGCGUGCGGGGGCCCAUCUGUAGCUUCUUUUAUCUGUGAAUUGCCGGUACCACAAUGGGCACUUGGAAAUGAGGGAUGCAUGGUGCGAGCUUUGCCGGCUCUAACAAUACUAUAUUUACCUGAAAGUGCGGCAGUUCAGCUCACUGCAGAUUGCGGUUUAGCUGGCGUGAAACGUGUUCAGUGUACUGGAAACAUGAAACGAGAAGAUCUAUUAAAAGAACUGUCAUGUUCUGAAGACGAACAAACAUCUACUACUUCAGUUUUAACAUCUUCGGUAAUACCUUCCGAAACCUCUACCGACUUAGGAUUUUCUAAUCAAGACGUUAAUAAAGAGAUUAGUACAGAAGAAAGUUUCACUACUGAACAUGAAGAUGAUAUCAAUCAAUACAGUACAGAGUUAUCAAGUAAAAUACCUGUCCAGACUAGCACAAUGGAUACGUGGGAACAAAAGCAUCAUAUACCCGUGGACAAAUAUCGAGUUUCUUCAGAAAAAAAUGACAAAUUAGAUAUAACUGAGAACAAUAACCUUUUAAGUAAUGACAUUCCGAAAGAAGCUAGUAAUAAUGAGUUUUUCAUAAAUGAAGAAUCGGAGAAGUUAGAAGAUGAAAGAAACAUGCAACACAAAAAACUUCAUGAUGAACUCGCCCGUCUUGGUAAUUUUGAAACAAUAUUCAAUCAACCCACUGAUCAUUUUGUGCCUCCGUUAGUAAUGGCAAAAGCUAAAAUUAGUGACGAUAUGACAGCCUUAUCAAUUGAAGAAAAGUUAGCACAACAGCUCGCCGAACGGCAAUCAAUAGAACGUAAUAAUAUACAAAGUACUGUUUUGGAUACUAAAAAUGAUUUCAAAGAUGUCGCUUCUACGGAAACUUUAAACAAAAUAUUUAUAACUGAUAAUCCAUUAACUAAUAUAUUGUCUUCCACUGGGGUGAAUAACAAUAUAAGCAAUACAAAGAAUGUGUUGCCGAAAAAGUAUAAUAAUAAGUAUGAUAAUGUGAAAACGAAAAAUUUUAAGGCUCGCAUUUAUGGAAAAUCUAUAGAUUUAUCUUCACCACCGUCCAAUUCAAACACAGAAGCAAUUUCAACAAACCCACUAUUAAAAACAUUACAGUUAAAAUAUCCCAGUAAUAAAUACCCUGAAGAAGAUUCAUCUCUCGAACUCACUGUUAUUAUAAAAGAGCCAGACGUUAAUAACAAGCAUAAACAAUCUUCAAAAAAUUUUACCAAAAAUGAUACAAAUAAUUUAAUAGCCAAUAAAACGGAAAAUAAAUUGACUUACACUGUAACUACCGAUCGUCAAGUAAUACUUAAUGACGAAGUAAUAAAAAUAGAAAUAAUUAAUGAGAGAAAUAACAGUCGGUCUAAUAUUGAUGUCACUGUUUAUGAAGUAACAACUAAGACUCCAGCUUAUAAAGAUGACUCUGAUACAAAUAAUAGUGAAACAACAGUUUUGUCUGAUCACCAUACGACGACACAGCCUAACGCCUUGCUGUUCACGAUUAGCGAUAAUCCUCCUUCAUCUGUAAAUGAUUUAAUAACGGCUUCUAUUCGGCCAGUUGAACAAAAUUUAACUUCAUCCGAUACAGUACCGCACUCAACUGAAGCUACAUUAAUAACAGUUACUAAUGAUUUAAAUAUUGAUACAAAUGCUUAUAAUUUCACGAACGAUAUGAAAACUCAAAACAUUUCCGAGGAUGCUUAUAAUACUUAUAACGUAACAAUUAAUGAAAGCCAUGACGGAGAAGCGGAAGCAGAUUUUAAUGAGCAUGUUGAAAAGAAUAACACAGAUACAACACCUGAAAUCGACGAUUUCCAAUCACCAUUAUUAUCCGCUGCAAGUGAACCAUUACAUAAGCCCAACAGGUCCAGACGGCCGCAGCAGAACAGAGUCAAUAAAUUUAACCCAUUUCGCAUUUUAGGUUAG